GGGGCGGGGCUUCCGCGUUUUCUAUAAAGGCUGCGCGCCGGCGGCCGGUUUUGUCCAGCUGGGUUAGUUCUUUCGCGUGCUGGCUAUGGCGUCGCUCACUGUCAAGGCCUACCUUCUAGGCAAGGAGGAUGCAGCCCGCGAAAUCCGCCGUUUCAGCUUCUGCUUCAGCCCGGAGGCGGAAGCCGAAGCCGAGGCCGCGACUGGGCCCGGGCCUUGCGAGCGGCUGCUGAGCCGGGUGGCCUCCCUGUUCCCGGCGCUGCGGCCCGGCGGCUUCCAGGCGCACUACCGCGAUGAGGACGGGGACUUGGUUGCCUUUUCCAGUGAUGAGGAGCUGACAAUGGCAAUGUCCUAUGUGAAGGAUGACAUCUUCCGUAUUUACAUAAAAGAGAAGAAGGAGUGCCGGCGGGACCACCGCCCCCCGUGUGCUCAGGAGGUGCCCCGCAGCAUGGUGCACCCCAAUGUGAUCUGUGACGGUUGCAAUGGGCCCGUGGUGGGAACCCGCUACAAGUGCAGUGUCUGCCCAGACUACGACCUGUGUGCGGCCUGUGAGGGGAAGGGCUUGCAUAGGGAGCACAGCAAGCUCGCGUUCCCCAGCCCCUUUGGGCACCUCUCUGAGGGCUUCUCUCACAGCCGCUGGCUCCGGAAGCUGAAACAUGGGCACUUCGGGUGGCCAGGCUGGGAAAUGGGCCCACCAGGCAACUGGAGCCCACGUCCUCCUCGGGCGGGGGAUGCCCGCACCGGCCCCUCGGCGGAAUCAGUUUCUGGGCCCUCAGAGGAUCCCAGUGUCAACUUCCUGAAGAAUGUAGGGGAAAGUGUGGCCGCUGCGCUCAGCCCUCUGGGCAUCGAAGUUGAUAUUGAUGUGGAACAUGGAGGGAAAAGAAGCCGUUUGACAUCCGCCUCUCCAAACAGUUCUAGCACAGAGGAGAAGUGCAACUCACAGCCAAACAGCUGUUCCUCUGAACCCAGCAAACCAGAGGGCAAUGCGGAACACACAGCUCAGUCUCUGGUAGAGCAAAUGAAAAAGAUCACCUUGGAGCCUAUGGGCCAGCCCGAGGAACAGAUGGAGUCCGAUAACUGUUCAGGAGGAGAUGAUGACUGGACUCAUUUGUCCUCAAAAGAAGUAGACCCGUCUACCGGUGAGCUCCAGUCUCUGCAGAUGCCAGAAUCCGAAGGGCCAAGCUCUCUGGACCCUUCCCACGACGGCCCCACAGGGCUGAAGGAAGCGGCACUGUACCCACAUCUUCCACCAGAAGCUGACCCCCGGCUGAUUGAGUCCCUCUCCCAGAUGCUGUCCAUGGGUUUCUCUGAUGAAGGCGGCUGGCUCACCAGGCUCCUACAGACCAAGAAUUAUGACAUUGGAGCUGCUCUGGACACCAUCCAGUAUUCAAAACACCCACCGCCAUUGUGACAAUGUUUGCUCAGUUAGUCUACCCCUUUUGUCUCCUAGUUGUGCUGAGCUAGUGUAGAACAGCAGGGCCUCUGAAAGGGCCACUUUCUCUGCAUUCUUCUUCCAGACUCUGGGGGGGUGGGGAUGCAUGAAGCCAUUUAGGGUAGUAGAAAAAGUGACAUGAUGGGGAGUUCCAAGUAUGUGUAUGUUUGAGAACCUAGCUGUUUUGAGAUUGAUGUUUGAGAAAUGAAACCAGCAUCUCUCGUGUGCCCUGGCUCUGGGCCUUGCCCUUGCUGAGGAGGACAUGGAGGGCACACUGCAGCCUGUUGCUGUCCCCCCGCCCCCAGGAUGAUACCAGCAAUCCAGAAUAUAUCUUGUCUUAUGACCUUCUGCUUUUUCUUUUUUUUAAAUGACUAACAGUAUGCUGACAUUUAGUUGAUUAUCCGCUAAAAAUCUGAUAUAGUCUGAUUUUAGAGUACUGUUACUGUUUUGUGAGGGAGCAGAGGAGGGUGUCCUGGAGCAAGUGCUGGGGAGGAAGAAUGGGGUUAGGACAGGACAGCCCAGUACUGUGGGUUUGGUGCUUGGGAAUAAAGAAGGGCUGAUAAGGCAAGUCCGAGACGUUGGUUUUCACUGAGUACUGCCUCCUUGUUCAUAACCCACUAUAGUUCUCUCCUUUCCAAAUGUGUCAGUUGCUUCUGAAGUAAGAAAAUCCCUUUGUAGCCAUUCUGUUAUAAUAUCUGUGAUCAGUCUGUAAUUAAAUGCUGUACGCACUUUAAUCAAAGACGUUGUCUUCUCCACAACAAAGCAAA